CGUCGUUAUUGUCAUAAUGAAAAUAUAGCUUGAAAAGCGUUGAAAAAUAAUUCUGUUAACUAUUCCAAAGGUUUUCAGUUUAUAUUUAAUUUAACGAAAUAUAUAUCAUAAUUACAUAAAUAUUUUCUUGCUAAAUUUUAUCGCAGCUAACAACAGUGUAUCCACGCUAUCCCCAGUUAAUAUAUUGUUAAGGACACAAAAUGGUGGUUUUAAAAAUUUGUCAUGUCUUUCGUAUUGUGUAUUUUGUUUAAAUUGUUUAUAUUCUACUAAAUUAUAUUAACUUAUAUUUAAUCAUUUAUGAACAAAAGGUGUCAACUGUAUAUAUUUUUUUAAUAUUUAAAAUUAGUACGAAAGAUUGCGUUGCUUUAAAAUUUGAUUAACAUAUUUUACAAAUGUCUUAUCCUGGACGUCCUCCGAUAAUGCAAGGCUUAUCAAUGUAUGCCAUGCCUAUUAGUGGCCCUCCGCCACCUCUUAUGCCCUCUGUAAUGCCAAUUCAACACCAAAUGGUGCCUAUACAAGUUUCUGGAGCAACACAAAUAAGAGGUUUCCCAAAACUAAAUCCUAAUAGAAAUGAACAGAAAAAAUUGGAGGGUCCAGCUGUUACAGUAUUUGUUGGAAACAUUACGGAAAAGGCUCCAGAUGCUAUGAUUAGGCAAAUAUUAGCCGCUUGUGGUCAAGUCAUAAGUUGGAAAAAAGUUAAAGCUUUCGGUUUCUGUGAACUUGCAGGACCUGAUGCGGGUCUACGAGCAGUCAGAUUAUUACAUGAUUUAAUGGUUGGUGACAAACGAUUAGUUGCAAAAGUAGAUGCAAAAACACAAGCCGUUUUAGAUGAAUAUAAAGCUGAGAGACGGAAAAGACAAAGGUCAUCUCCAUUGCAAGACGAACCUGAAGAAGAAGAGUUGGAUGAAGAAACUCAACAACUCGAUGUUUUGGUUAGGGAGAGGAUAAAACAAAUUUUGGCGGAUUAUCAGGAUGAGAUGAAUAGUUUCGAAUACAAAAAAGAAGGAGAGAUUAUGCAUACCUGGAAUAAAGUUCUUGCUGAUGCUGAAGUUGAAGAGGAAAAGCGUGAUUUAAUAACAAGAGAAAUUGGGAAAUUUAGGGAAAUUAUGAAAAAACAGGAAGAAGAAAAAGAAGUAAGAAAAAAGAAGGAAGAAAGGGAAAAGACUCGCGAGAAGGACCGCUCUAAUUCUCAUUCACCCAGUCCAAAGCGUAAAGAAAAAGAUGAUAAAAGACGCAAACGUUCCAGGUCAAGAACUCAUGAAAAAGCACGUGAGCAGGAUAGGGAACGGGAAAAAGAGAAAGAGAGGGAACGAGAGCGAGAACGUGAAAAAGAAAGGGAACGCGAACGCGAACGCGAACGGGAAAGGGAAAGGGAACGCGACAGAGAGCGUGACAGGGAUCGCGAUAGGGAAAGGGCCGAGAAACUAAGUACUAAAGAAUUGCUUCGAGAGAAAGAAGUCGAAGAAGAAAUGAAGGAGAAGAAAAAAUGUGAACGAAGAGCUAGAGAAAAGGAGGCUGCAUACCAAGAACGUCUAAGGGCCUGGGAAACAAGGGAAAGGCGCAAGUUUAAGGAAUACGAAAAAGAAAGAGAAAAGGAACGACUUAAAGAAGAGGAGCGCGAGCGGGAUGCGAAAAGGUUAAAGGAAUUUCUAGAGGAUUAUGAUGAUGAGCGUGAUGACGUUAAAUACUACAAGGGAAGAGAAUUACAGCGAAGAGUGGCAGAAAGAUUGAAAGAAGCUGAAUCAGACACAAAAGAUCGAUUAAAAGAAAAGGAAGAGAUGGAAGAACUGCGGAAAAGAAUAUUUUCUGAAGAACAUGAGGAUCCAAAUGAAGUAUUUGAAAAAGCAAAAAAGGAACGAGAGGAACAAUAUAAACCCAAAUUAUUAAUCGAUGUCAAUUUAGAACAUUGGAAACAAAAAGAGCGAGAAAAGGAAAGAGAAUUUGAAAGACAGAAAGCUAGAGAAAGAGAGCGACAUAGGGAAAUUGAACGAGAUAGAAGGCAUAAAGAAGAAAGGGAAAAAUAUAUUGUUGCACAGGCAGCUCAAGAACUUGCUGCUGUUGAGGCUGAACCUAUAGAUAGUGAUAGUGAUAUGGAUACCAACCAUUAUAGUCCAGUAGCUAUUGAACAGGAUGAGAUCAUGUCAAAUGAUGAGAAUAGUGAAUCAGCACAGUGGACUGAAGUCCAACCUCCUGAUGAGGAUUCCAAAGAGUCGUUUUCUUCAACGGCCGAGCAGCCUGUUCAAAAUUUAUCAGCUGGAACUGGGAUGAAAAUCACUUUAUCCAAGCCAAUAGCAUUUAAUAGCUCACAUUCUCCUACUCAACAGAAUAGACAUCAAGGUGACUCUAAGAGGAAGAAAAUAGAUCUACGAGAUGUCUUUAAUCCAGAUGAAGAUGAUACUUCUAUUCAGGUGAAGAAACGAAAAUUAGUUCCUUUAGAUUAUAAUGAAGAUAAAAAAGAUAAGUCUCGGAAAGAGAAAGAAAAUAACGAGAAGAAAGCUGAAGAGUCGAAAUCUCAGGAAGAAAAACGGAAACACAUUAAGACUCUUAUUGAAAGGAUACCAACGGAAAAAGAGGCGUUGUUUACUUAUAAGUUAGAUUGGGCUCAAAUAGAUAAUCACCUAAUGGAAAAGAAGAUUCGACCAUGGAUAAACAAAAAGAUUAUUGAGUAUAUUGGUGAACCAGAGCCUACAUUAGUCGAUUUCAUUUGUAACAAAGUAUUAGCGGGUUCACUACCUCAAACGAUUCUAGAGGAUGUACAAAUGGUAUUGGAUGAGGAAGCAGAAGUAUUUGUUGUAAAAAUGUGGAGGUUAUUAAUUUAUGAAGUAGAAGCGAAAAAGUUAGGUUUAGUUAAAUAAUAUUCAUGUAAGAACUUGUAAAUAAUGAAAUGUUUUUUAGCAGAGAGAA